UUGGUUAAAUAAAAAUUGGUUUUCAAAAAAAUUAUAUUUAACAAAUUUAAUUGUAUGCUAUCAACAUAUAUUUUACAAAAUUGAAUCUUUUUUAAUGCAAAAAGGCUUUGAAAGACAUUCCCUUAUAUUCCAUACAUAUUUUACUUCGUCUAGUCGGCAACAUUCAAAAAUUAUUUUAUUGAGUAAAAUUGAAGAAGAAUAAAAUUAAAAAAAUUUUUUUCUAAUUUUUAAAAUUAAAUUCAUUAAUUUUUUGAAUUUUUAUAUUUUUUAUUUUUCGAAUUUUUUAAAUUAAUUUAUUUAAAAAAAUUUUUUUUAGCUUCAGUAAACUACGAAAAAAAAUAAUUUUUUUUUGUUUUUAUUUUUGACAACAACAGAAAAAUGAGUGAAGCUAUCCAAAAUUUAAACAAACCUAAAGAUGCUUUCGAGCAACUUGAAGAAGAGGAAGGAAUGCGCCAAGGCUUCUGUCACAUUCGCAUUCAACAACGAACGGGAAGGAAAACAAUAACAACUGUGCAGGGAAUUGCUACGGAAUAUGAUCUUAAGAAAAUUGUGCGUUACUUGAAGAAGGAGUACAAUUGUAACGGUACCAUUGUUGAGCAUCCCGAGUAUGGCGAAGUUAUUCAAUUGACAGGGGACCAACGGCAACACAUAAAGGAUUUUUUGUGUAAAGUGGGUAUUGUCAAAGAAGAAAAUUGUAAGAUUCACGGAUUCUAA